AUGCAAGAGUUACUUCUGCUGUAAUUGCUUCGUCAUUGACAUGCUUAGCAACGUCCGUGACUAUCAACAUUCCUUCAUACUUCUUUACUGUUGCACUUGUCACUUUUCGACACAAUGCACCAACAGAACAGUUCAUUCCAAUGGCGGUGUAUGGUUUAUUGUUGAUAUAGUUCUAGCAGGUUUUCAGAUUUUUCUUAAGGAAACCGCAGUUUAGCCUUCAUACCUUUCGAGUAAUGCUGUACUAAACACAUUUGGAUUUUGAAAUUGAAAUUCUUAUCUAAUCACCAUCCAACUGUCUUAAAAUGAAGAAAGAAGAGGAACCCAAGACAUAUUCCUUUGAAGGGAAGGAAAUAAGAAGUAGCGUUGUGCUUGCAGCUUCUUUCUUAGUGGCCUUUUCUGCUUACAUGGCCAUUCAGAACCUACAAAGCAGUCUCAAUGAAGCGGAAGAUCUUGGAAUCAUUUCUUUGAACGUUCUGUAUGGAUGCAUUAUAUUUUCUGGAAUUAUGGCACCGGCUGUAAUCCGGUUCAUGGGAAUCAAAAUGACGAUAAUCCUGUCUUGGGUGAUCCACCUUUUGUACACAAGCUCGAACUUCUAUCCGGCAUUUUCCACCCUCAUUCCUUCUUCAGUUCUUCUCGGAGCCAUCACAGGUUUUCUGUGGACGAGUCAGAGUGUUUACAUUUCAGUCUGUUCCUACUCUCUUGCCAAGUCUACAGGAGCAGUCCCUUACGACGUCCUCUGUAAAUUGAAUGGAUUGUUCUUCACCAUAUUUGAAACCACCCAGAUUCCAGGCAACCUUGUGUCGUCACUGAUCCUACAAUCAGGAACUUACAGCAAUGUCACAGGAAAAGCUGUUUGUGGGUCUGACUAUUGUCCUGGGGCAUCAAACGGAACAGACAUAGCCCCUCCAGAGAUGAGUCUGGUGUACAUUCUUCUUGGCAUCUAUCUUGGAUGUGAUAUUAUUGCUUUGAUCAUCACGAUUAUCUUCUUACCACCUUUACCGACAAGUGAGUGGAACAGCAAUACCAGCUUGAAGCAGUCUCUGCGUUCCUUCUUCGUGACGUUAUUCACCAGCAAGAUGAUAUUCCUGGUUCCUUUCAUAAUGUUCCAAUCGGUGGAACAUGCCAUAUUAUGGUCAGACUACACAAGGUCCUUUGUCAGCUGUCCUAUCGGAAUACAAAUGGUUGGUUUCGUCAUGACAACGUACGGGGCAACCACUGCGUCCUGUGCCUUCCUAUUCAGUCGCAUUGCGAAGUACGUUGGACGUUACAUUCUCUUCUUCACUGCUGCUGUUUUACACGGCGGGGUAUUUGUAACGCUGUAUCUGUGGACGCCGACAAGCGACGACACCAAGUACAUCUUCGUCAUCCCCAUUGUAUGGGCUAUUGGGGAAGGAAUAUGGCAAACACAAUCCAACUCUCUGAUAGCCAUGCUGUUCCCGGAAAAGACCGGGCCAGCCUUUGCCAACUUCCACACAUGGAAAGCCAUCGGAUUCACCCUUAUAUUAGUACUGAGCAACUUUCUGUGUUUGAAGACAAAACUUAUUUGUGUGCUGGCUUUGUUAGCCUUGGCUAUGACUAUGUACACAGGCGUAGAGAUUUAUGCACGAGUGCAACAGAAGCGCAAAGUGGUCGCAGCUACCACUUCAAUCAAAGUUAGCUCAAAUGACACAAAGGAAUCUAAAUUUACAAACUGACACCAUGUGCAAGAUUACAUACAUGACAAGUGUGUGUAUCAACAUACAUUGCUCUGAAGUAAAACUUCGUUUGUUCAAACUGUUGUUAACAAAUGUGGUUCACACAUUAUCAGGAGUAAAUAUCUAAUCAAGUUAUAACCACCCUGCGUUCACUAUGUAAAUUUCCAAAUAUUCAGAUUUUAUGUUUAUUGACGUUUCAGGCUACGUAAUUACACGCGAAGACGAUAUAGAAACAAUAAUUGCGUUACAUAAUCGUUUCACUUUCAUUGUGAAAAUGACCCUUUCCAUAUUAAGAAAUCUCUACCAACAGCAGAGUUCAUAGGCUCCAUCAAAGGAAAUCUCAAAGGCAAAAUAACGGUGAAAAUAAAAUGAAUGGAUCACUGAAAAUCAGUGAUGACAUCAGAUGUUCGCGAAAAGGGUCAUCAUGUCCUGCACUACCAUGUCAAAUCUUUAUCUCAAGUAUAUUUUGCAUUCACACCACGACGUCAACUGACGUAAGUAAAGUACGAUUUAUCAUAUUGACUCUUUAUGUCUUUAUGAUUAAUUUUGCAAGACGUUGGUUACAAUUCUAUGCGCGCUUUAAUCAAAGUGUAUCGUCAGCCCCUUGAAGUAGUGUGCAUGGUGCUUUUUCUAUCCUGAUGAAGCACGUGGCAUGAUGUUUUUAUAACUUUCUGUAAAGAUAGGGGAUAUCUGGAAAGUUUAUUGUUGUCGACAGGACGCAAAAAAAUGCUGUUCAAGCACCUACAUACGUUACGUGUGACACCAUCUUACAUGAAGGUAGAUAUGAGAGACGAGGGAGAGGUCAAGAACAGUAGCUAAGCUACACUGGAACGGAGGGGUCCUACAUAGGACCAUCAUUCACAUGAUUCUGCAACAAUCUAACCUACAUUACCUAAGUAUGUAGCCUCUGUCAUAAGCUCCAUCUUUACUGUAAUGUGUGUGCGACAAUGUCAUGUGGCCUCAUUUCAAGGACUUAAUAAACAUUUAAAAACAUUUAUAAUUUUAAAUAAAAACAUGGUCUACGCAUUCCUUUUAGUCUAUGAAACAGUAUAUACAAUAAGAACAUCAUGCACGAAAGAUGCGUUCUUCAGCAAGUUAGCAUGGUAUGGCUUAUCAGUACACUGGAAGCUUUGAAAGUAAGUACGUGAGUUUGGUUUAACGUCACUUUCAUCAGUAUAUCAAGGGCAUAUUAGUCCGGCAGAGAAAUGAAUAUUUUCCCCCAACCCAGAAUUAGGGGAUAAAGUUUUUUUUAUUGCUGGAUUUGUUUAAUGAUGUACUCUAGAUUAUGAAACUGACUGAUGACACUCUGUCAUCUUUGGGCAUUUUGAAAUAUUCAAGAUGGCCGACAAGAUGGCCGCCAUAACAUGAAAAUAUCGCUUCCUUGCUAACAGUAUGGAAUAUGAUACCACUUUUGGAGCAAAUCACUAAUAUUUUGCUUUCAACUAAUUAGAAUAUGGUAUUCUAAAUGAACUGGUAUCAUUUAAAACAUAAUUUGAUUCUUAAAAAGCAAGAUAACUGGCAAAAUGCCUGUCGAAACAUUAUAAAGUCAACAAGCACGGCAUUCUUUUUAAGGAUAAUUGAUUAUUCUGAAUUUUCAAAAAUGAAUAUUGGCUCAAGGUUUUCUUCACAUACAUACAAUCAGUUUAGGUUUCUUCCUCAUCAUCAAUAACACAGUUAGUGAGUUGGUUGAAGCAGACACUGGAGCUACAAUGUAAUAGGAGAAGGCCUCGUAAGUGUGUCACUUGUGCCUAAUCCAUUUGGUUUUCCGAAAUAAAAUAUGUUUAAAUCAA